AUGCUAUGGUGUGAUAUAGCAGUUCUCUACUCUUAUCACCCACACACCAGUGGGCAAGUUGAGGUUACUAAUAGGGGUUUAAAAGGCAUUUUAGAGAGAACUGUAGGUGUGAGUAGGAAGGAUUGGGCUUUGAAACUGGAUUAUACAUUAUGGGAAUUUAGGACUGCAUAUAGGACUUCCAUAGGUUUUAUGCCCUAUAAGCUUGUGUAUGGGAAGUCUUGUCAUUUACGUGUUGAAUUAGAGCAUAGGACUCUUUGGGCCCUUAAAACUUGCAAUUUUGAUGUUGAUUCUAUAAGGAAGCUCAGGAGUCGAUGGUCGGGGCCAUUCGUGGUCAAGCAGGUUUUCCUAUAUGGCACGGUCGAGCUUCAUCAUCCUGAGAAGGGUGAUUUCAAGGUCAAUGGACAUAGGCUCAAAUUGUAUCAUGGAAACUCGUUGGAGAUUGAGCAGCGAGUUGACAUGGUUCUCUAUUUGCACGGAUGA